AUGUUAGAUUCAGUUCCGAAGUACUUUCCCAACUUCCUGUUGAAGUUCUGGCUGUCGACGGGAUCUAUCCUUCCCACACGGCCGCCCAGAGUACAUGUCUACGACGUGUACGACAAUGAAUUGACGGAAAUUCACCAAAGUCCCAAGAAGUCGACCUCCGUUUUUCACGAGCUCAAUAUCGGACUUCUGGAAGCCGAGACCCGCAAGGCUCUUUCUGAAGCAGAAGGCGCUUUUGCGAAGCUAGAAUUAGAGACUGAGGUCGUACUCAAAGAUCUAUUAGAUCGGACUGUAUGGAGUGGGGGAUCCUGUUCCACCAAAAGGUCACUUCCCUUCGAUCGUAAAUCUGUUGAGAUUCUACGAAAGUACUUCGUUUUCCUACGCUUUCGUAACAGCGCUGGAUACCGCGAUACUGCUCUGUCUCUCACGAAUUCGUAUCAGGCAGAUCCCGAAGAAGGGGUGGUGUACUCGGCUUACCGCCCUCUCAUUGUUCAGUUUCGCUUGCGACACAUUUUACGGGGCUUUAUCAAAUUCUUGAACCAUACCUCUGCUGAUGGUCCAUUUACUAAACAUGCCCCAGAAUUUCCUACAUCUGGCAUCUCGGUAGAUGCUUUUCAGGAAGCGAUGGAUUUGUAUUGCUGGAGCCUUUGCGAAGCAGAGCUGUGCAUUGGUUUAGCGACUGAGGAUCAAGAAUUCAUGCUCUCUGAUCGCUGUUUCGGGACGUUAGAUGAAGGAUUCGAUGAGGAUCCGGAGUGUUGUGACCUUUUCUUCCCCAUUUUCCCUACUUUGGCUCUCUAUAUACUCGGUACUGCCGGUGAACAUUAUCCCUCCACUUCGACGUACCUUCAGACCAGUAGAUCCACUGUGUGGAUUGACAUCGGUUGUGAAUCCGCUUCUGAUGUCCAUCUUCGGAACGCUAUGAUUCUUCAAACCUAUCCCGAGUUUCUAUAUUUUCAGUCUCUUCGUACUGUAUCACUCUCAAUAUCAUCGUAUGAUGAAUUCCGAUGGAUCCAAGAGCAUCAGGAUUACAGCAGACUCAAACAACGAUGUCGGCAGAAAUUCUUGCAAGAGACAGUCACGAAGACCUUGAUCGUCAGGGGGUCACUAAUUUUAACUGACCUGACCGAUGAGGUUGUCCUUAUUGGAGAUUCGGCUGUAGCGCAUGGGUCUUUCUCCGAUGUAUGGAAGGGGGUAUGGGAUGAUCCCAUCGAAAGGCGCCCGCGAACUGUAGCGCUCAAGUUCCUCAGGCAGAUCAUGGUACAGAAUGUUCGCGAAAAACUUUUGAAACGUCUUCAAGCAGAAGUGGUUGCAUGGCAUCGUCUUUGCCACAAGAACGUUAGCCAGCUAUUUGGGAUUUUCCAGUCCCCAAAUAGUAUAGCUAUGGUAUCGCAGUGGUGCGAUAACGGAACUAUCUGUAGCUAUUUGAAGAAUACUCCAAACGCGAACCGCCUGAGGCUCCUCAUCCAAGUGGCAUCAGGCAUCUCGUACUUGCACGCCGUAAAGCCUACUAUUGUGCACGGUGAUUUGAAAGGGGGAAACAUCCUGAUAGAUGAGAAUGGAAACGCUAUUAUCUCUGACUUUGGGUUGUCCAAAGUUUUGGAAGAAGAGAUGACGGACGCCAAUUCAGGAACAUCCUUCUUCGCGGGGUCAACACGAUGGAUGGCUCCCGAGCUCAUCUUCGCACUUGUUGAAGAUAAUGGUGUGAUUCCUCCAAUAUCUACCUACAGCGAUGUUUAUGCCUUUGCAUCCAUUUGUCUUGAGAUUGCUUCGGGCCAGCUUCCAUACCCUAACCGUUCGAAUGACCACUCCGUGACAGUCGAUGUUAUACGCGGUAUCAAACCAUCAAGAACAUCCGUGUGCUUACUUGGACUCACAUGCGACGGCGAAGAAGCAUUUUGGAGCAUGUUAGAACAAUGCUGGAGCGUUGAACCCGCUUCGCGUCCUACGAUGCCACACAUGCUGUCCUUCCUGGAGGUUUUGGAGGCGUCUCGGCGAUAA